AUGAACGACAACGAAAUGUAUUUUUCGGAUGAACAAAGCAACAUCAUCAAAGACUUUUUCUGUACCGGUGAGUUUGAUAGUGGACUGGAUCAGUCAACUGGUCUUGUGCUACCACUGUUGGAUAUACCAACAGUGGCUGACACAGACCAUUUGGCUGAGACCGCCAUUCCUGCUCAGCCGGCUACUCACACCCUUGCUCCCACUGAGAAUCCCAAAUACAGUAUCUACAAAGCUAUCUUGGGUGCGAACAGCCCGAAUAAAUAUGAUGGCAGCCAAAAUGACUGUAACACGGCAUCUAUUGUGGAUGAUCCAUCAAGAUACAGCUCUGUUAAUGCUACCUUUAAAUCCAUAUCGUCAGCAGAUACAGAUACAUCCACAUCAAUGCCAGUAACUCUAGAGGAGGCAGCUCUAUCAAUGAAGGACGCAUUAAUAGCAAAGGCAACAACAUCGACCGAACGAAAGAUUUUGGUUCCUUUUUAG